AUGAAUUUAGCACAGCUCUAAACUUAAAAUAAUUAAGCAGGCAUUAAUGAGCAAAAAGGCAUUAACCAAGCAUUCAAUUAAUAAAUUUAAAAUUAAAUGUAUUAGUAUCUUACUAGUGCUCAGCAGUAAUAAUAUAUGUAGCAAUAAUAGUAGUAAUAAUAGCUUUAAAUUUAAUAGUAGCUAUCAUCUCCUUAGCAAUAAAAUGUAUUCUAACAUUAGCAAAUUCAAUAGCAGCAAUAAAGGAAGUUAAAUGAAAAUUAAGUCUUGAUAGAGUAAUAAUAGCCUUAGUAUUUAAUUCAGUAAUAAGAUCUAUAGAAGUAGUAAGCACAUUUUCAUAAAACAGGAAAUUAAGUUAGCCACUAAUUAUCUUAACAGUAAAAUUAAUAGCAAGCACAAGCACUUAUGGCGGGGCAAUAAGUGCCUAUGAUUUAAAAACAAUAUCACCAAUCUAACUAAAAUUUUUAGAACUCACCAGAAAAAUUAAAGGCCUAGUCUAGUCCCUAGCAAAACAGAUAAUAACAACAAUAUUAAAAUAUAGCUGUUGCAAGUCCAAACAGCCAAAAUUAGAUUAUUCCAUAGCACCACAAAAAGCCUUCAAGUUUCAAUGAAAACAUUUUACAAGCUAAGUAAAAUAUUAGUGAAUAAAAUUAAUAAGCUGUUCUAGCUGUUUUUAAGCCAUCCUAAGAAAGCCAAUACAAUUUUGUCUAUUCAGUUCCUAAACUCAUAGAGCCAAAUCCUUUAGAUUGUGUCCUUGAAGCAGAUAAUGAAUUAGGUGGACUUUUUAUUGGAAAUUUAGACGCAGCUUUAAGUGUAGAAAUUUUAAAGAAGAAUAGAAUUCGUGCAGUCCUAACAACAUCUGUUGAAACUGGUUUUAGAUAUGCAGAAGAAUCAAUUCAUUUUCAUGAGUGCUUACCUGCUCAUGAUAAGGAAGGAUAUGAUAUAACUAUCCACUUUGAAAAAGGAAUAGAGUUUAUUGAAAGAAAUAGAAAAUAUACUAGUGUCUUAGUUCAUUGUUUUGCUGGUGUUUCGAGGAGUGCUUCAAUAUGUAUAGCAUAUUUGAUGAAAAAAAAUAGAUGGAAUUUAGAAAAAUCUUUAUGGCAUCUAAAAAAAUGUAGAAGACUCAUUAAUCCAAAUACUGGGUUUAUUAAGAAAUUAACAGAGUAUGAGCAAUAUCUUAUAUCAAAAGGUCACUAUAAUCCAUAAUCAAGUGUUUACAAUAAUAGCAACAUUUUAGAUGGAAAUGGAAUUGAUGCAAUUAAUGGUAAUAAUAAUAAUAAUGCAUUUGAUUAUGGAGGAUUUUAUUCUUAAUAGCCUGGUUAGAUUAUAGCUUAUAAUAUUGAUAAUCAAUCUGAAAUAACAAAUUAUUCUGAUCCCAAUUACAUUUAUAUUUAUCAAUGUCAGCCAAAUUAACAACAAUAGCUAUAAUAAUAGCAAUAAUAAUAUUAAAAUUACUCACAAAACUAAUAAGUCGGAUAUACUGAUUAAAUGUAAUCUUAAUUCUAACAAAUCUCCCCUCAGUAACAAUCAGUUAGUGCUUUAUAGUAGCAAUAAUAUUAGCUUUAACAAAAUAUUGAAAAUACAAAAUCAUAAUAAUAUUAAUUAUAGUAAUAAUAGCAAUUGUAGCAGUAACCUUUAUCAGUAAAGUAGCAAGUCCAAUAACUUAAAAUGACUUAAUAUUAACAAAAGCAACAACAGCAAUCGUUUUCUGGAUAAAAAUAAAAUUCUUAAUAGCAAGAUCAGUAAUAGCAAUAACCUCAACAAGUAGGAAUUUAAAUUUUAGCAAAUAAUGAACAAUUCUUACCAAACCAAAAGCAAUAUUAAGAGCAAAUAGAAAACCAAAAUUAAAUAUUGCAACAAAAGCAACAAUAAAUGUAAGGAUUUUAAAAUUAAAAUUUAAUUUACUAACAAUAACAACAAAAUUAAGUUUAAUAGUAGUAGUAAUAAUAGUAGCCUUAUCAGUAAUAAUCAAUAUUUUAACAGGUUCAUAAUAAGUAAAUCCUUUAUAAAUAAUGA